AUGUUGUUGUCUCACUCCAUCUUUCUGGGUCUCUUUGCUCUCGCUGCGACUACGAUCGCAAGUACCGCUUGUCUAGACAACUCCGUUCGUGAUACCAUCGCCUUCUUCAGUGGAACCGCUCUGACGUUCGGUUCCAACUAUACCAAUGCAGCAGACUGUGGCCACAAAUGCUCGACACUUCAGGCAUGUCGAACCUGGCUCUUCACCAGUGGUGGCCAGUUGCCAGGAUUCAGCGGAAUUCCCCUGGACUAUGAGUUCGAUUUCAACCAACGCUUUGCGCAUGGAGCACGCGAGAAUUACUCAAGAAGAGCCAUCAGGCUCACAGCACCUGAGGUCCAGAUGUUGCGACUCAUGGAACGGAUCACAGACAUUCCGAACUGGGAACACGAUGUGUUUAACGAACAAAAUCUUGCCCAGUGGCGUGCACAGGCAUCUUCAUCUUACGCGAGCCUUGACUCGAACUCAGAUCAGGACGUGGACAUGGACCUGAUCACAACGAAGGCAUGGUUCUGGUGCGUAGCGGAACUGCAGGAUAAGGCUAAGGGUCUCCGGGACACUGGAUAUGUCAUUGUUCUCAAUGCCGACUCCGGCGUAGGCAAAAUCGACGACGAGGCUCUGGGGGAUGAUCUCCAAGAAGCACUCCGUCCGCUCUUGCCGACAAGGAAGGGUGGUGGCAUUCACGAUUUAGUAGAUCCGUCGCUUUACAUGUUGGUCUAUGGCCGGACAACAGUUCUCAGCCACGGUGGUCGGGUUGCUCUGCCUGCGGCGGACGGCUCAAUCUCCCAGUUCUAUCCGCCUUCCACCGAUCCCAGACUAGCCACGGCACCUGUGCAGGAUCCCUCCAGGAGUAUAACGGCUCUGAUACCCCGAGAACUCUUUUAUCUUCAGGAUAAUCUCAAGUUACAACAGGUUUCCUUUCGCUUCCAAUGGCUGCCUUGCGAGGUGGAGUUUGCGGAGCCGUCGGGGACGGCAGUACGGAUCACCUCGCCUAUUCUUAUUUCUCGCGCGAUAGGACCGUGGAAUGAGGUCCUAGUCAAAGGCGCUGGCGGGCGCAUGCCUCGGCGCAUCUAUACCUAUGGCGUCACAGACCGAGAAGAAGAAUGUCCCAUAGAUGUAGACCCGCCGGAGGACAUUCUCCCAGUCGUGUGGAAUCAGAAGAUCACUCGACGCGCCUGGUCUCCGGAGCAAUGGGAAAGUCACUGCUCCAAGGUGCGAGAGUAUUUGACUUUGCCUGAUGUGGAUCCCAAGUACCGUGUCUUCGAACCCGAGCCCGGGGAUCCCCCUGAGACGGAGGAUCUUCUGGCUUGGAUGACGCCGGAGAUGUGGGCAUCCCCUGCACGCGUCGCGGAGAUUAUCCGGGCGAAGUUCAGGCGACUGCAUCGGUUCUCAUACCCCGAGCCCGGGAUUUCCUAUACGUAUGAAGACUGGAAAAGAGGCCAGACCGCGAACCCGAUCUUCGGGCCAUGGCCAUCUGACCACGAGUUCGACCCGCCUCGAAAUCACGAAUACUACUCGGUGUCGCUCGAAAAUCAGUUCCGCAAACAGGGUCUCCAGGUGAUUGUUCAAGUCUUCAGCAUCGAUCUGACGCCCGAGGGAUGUGGUGGUGACGAUGGUGCCCAUGCAUACCCCGGAGAUCCAGAGUUCCAAGUGGACGGGAUGCUCAACGAGCAUAUUGUCGCCACCGCACACUUCUGCUACAGCGCGGAGAACAUCACAGAGUCCCGCAUCUCCUACCAACAACGGGACAGGUUGCACAUAUUCGGCCAUCAACCGGACCCCUUCUGCAUCUACAAACUCUACGGAAUCCCUCCCUGUCCGGGACCGGGCGAAGACCCAAACGCUCUGCCGCUGCAAACCCUAGGGUCCGUCGCCGUCACUCAAGGUCGUUUUCUCAUGUGGCCCAAUGCCUUGCGAUACAAGAGGCUUCCGUUCUCCUUGCUCGACCCGAGCCGCCCAGGCCAUCAGCGGUGCGUCGUCUUGCGGCUGGUGGAUCCCCACUAUCGCAUCUGCUCGACUCGGAAUGUGCCCCCGCAGCAGCACGAUUGGUGGCGCAAUGCGGUCUUGGCGAAUUCCGCCACGACUCCGCUCUCGACUCUUCCCCAGGAGCUGAUGGACAUGGUCAUGAAGGAAACAGGGCCUUGGCCGAUGCAACUCUCCGAAGCUUUGCAGCACAAGGCAGACUCUGAGAAGGAGCGAGAGAAAGCCGUUCCGCACCAGCUUUUGUACAUUCAAUCCUACGAUUUCUGGUGGGAAUUGAGUUAG